AUGAAAGCCCUCGCCGAAAUAGCUAAAGGUGCAACCCAACCUUCGAUUCUGCCAGCCUGGAACAAAGAUCUUCUAAGCGGAAGAGACCCACCAAACAUUGCACUCACCCAUCAUGAGUACGAUGAAGUGGUCGGCAACCCUGUUCCCUCCACCAACUUUGUUCAUCGGUCUUUCUUCUUCGGACCCUCCGAAGUCUCAUCCUUCCGUAGAUUACUUCCCAACCACCUAACCCAAUCAACCUCAUUCAAGCUCGUCACGGCUUGUCUCUGGUAUUGUUGUACAAAAGCUUUAGAACUAGACCCACAAGACGAUGUUCGUCUCAUGUUCCUGGCUAAUGCACGUAUGGGACGUGAUAGAUUCAACCCUCCAUUACCAAAAGGGUAUUAUGGGAACGCCGUGGUGUUUCCAACGGCGUUUUUGACUACCGGAAAACUGUGUGAGAGUCCGUUAGAGUAUGGUUUGGAGUUGAGGUUGUUUAUUGUUGCAGAUUUUUCUCGUCUUGGAUUUAAAGAUGUUGAUUUUGGGUGGGGCCAGGCUAUGUAUGCUGGUCCUGCUUUGAGUGGACUUGGCACAUUUCAAGGAUUCACUUUCUACGUUGGAUAUACGAAUAGUAAAGGUGAGGAAGGAAGAAUCAUACCUCUUUGCUUGCCACCAGAAACCAUGGAGAAAUUUGCCAAAGAGUUGGAUCUCUUGCUUAACAAUGCUGACCAAUCUGCCAUUGAUGGUUAA